GUGGCUGUUUUUAAUGCAGUAGUGUCACUAGUGGCUGAAGACUAAACAUGAGAAUAGCAGGUGCUGCAAAGUUGGUAGUAGUCGUAGCAAUAUUUUUAUUGACGUUUUAUGUCAUAUCUCAAGUGUUUGAAAUAAAAAUGGAUGCAAACUUAGGACACAUAUUUGCCAGAUCAGCACUGGAUGCAGCUGCACGCUCUACAAAACCUCCAAGAUACAAAUGUGGGAUCUCUAAAGCUUGUCCUGAAAAGCAUUUUGCAUUCAAAAUGGCAAGUGGAGCAGCGAAUGUAGUUGGACCUAAAAUUUGUGUAGAAGAUAAUGUUUUAAUGAGUGGAGUUAAAAAUAAUGUUGGCAGAGGAAUAAAUGUGGCCUUGGUCAAUGGUAAAACAGGAGAACCAUUAGACACUAAAUUCUUUGACAUGUGGGGAGGAGAUGUGGCACCAUUUAUCGAAUUUCUAAAGUCCAUCCAAGAUGGAACGAUAGUGUUAAUGGGAACAUAUGAUGAUGGUGCAACUAAGCUUAAUGAGGAGGCACGGAAACUGAUCGCUGAAUUAGGAAGCUCAUCUAUUACUAACCUUGGCUUUAGAGACAACUGGGUCUUCUGCGGUGGAAAAGGAGUUAAGACUAAGAGUCCAUUUGAACAGCAUAUAAAGAACAACAAGGACACAAACAAGUAUGAAGGCUGGCCAGAAGUUGUUGAGAUGGAAGGCUGUAUCCCUCAGAAGCAAGACUAAAUGAAAAUAAAAGGAAAAGAGAAAGAAUAUGGAAGAAAAUGCACUUUCUGCUAUUACUAGGGAGAGGGCUAUGAAGGAGACUGUACUGUAAAUAAUAUUUUUAAAGCAUGCAACCAUCUUGUCGGUGUGUGCAUGAGCACUGACAUUUUGAAUAUUGGGAUUAUUUAUUGCUAACACACAUAGAAAUCCUUUUUGUAAGUAUGUCCAAAAUAAAAGAAACAUCAAAUCAUUUCUAUGCAGAUUUCUUAAAAGCACAGUAUUUAGUUUGCCUGUGGUAAAUAGUAUCUUGUAGAUCAACUGGCUAGUAAGUUGCAUAUGCAGAUAAUACACAGAUCCUGACAAGUGUUGUACUGUCCUCUUAACAGCGUAACGUUGCUGUGAGUAUGUAACCUUUGUGGAAUAUGUAGAUUUUUAGUGAUAAGUUAAUAAAAGGCUUUGAUUUUUUUUUUUUUUUUAAUCCUCUGCCUUUUUAAUGGCAGCAUCACUUUUUAUUAAAGCUAUUUGGUUAUUCUAA